CCCCUUCACAAGAUUACUUUACCCCACCAAACCUCACGAUCCGAUCCGCCAUCCGAACCUCGGCAAGAACGUCGCGUCUACUGCUCGAUGUUGGUUGCCAUUCAAGCUAUAGCUACAAGAUUGUCGUGACGCUUCAACGUUGUAGAUUUUACUCAAUUCACAUUCAUUUCAUGCAAAUUAACGUUUCUUUUUUUUAUUUGUAAAAGAGUAAUUCGAGUAGGAUAGAAGAAAGAGGGGUAUCUGGUGCAAGAUGUCGAAGUCACGGGAGGAGGCUAUGAAGGGUGUCGAGGCGAUUUUUGAGAGAUACCGACUAAUCGCCCAAGCCCAAAAUUUCAAAGGCUUUGACUCUCACCUCAUGGAAAACAUCAAAAUCAUUGAUGCCACCCCCUCAGGAACCGUAACCUUCGAAUUUCUAAUAGACGAACAAUAUAGCAAUAUCAACAAUGUGAUGCAUGGAGGAGCCGGUGGUGUCAUAUUUGACAUGUGUACUACGUUUGCUUUGGGACCUGUUGCUAAACCUGGAUCCUGGGAUUUUCUGGGUGGUGUAACGAGGACACUCAAUUUGAGUUACUUAAGGGCUGUUCCUAUUGGUACAACUGUUCGCAUCUAUACCGAAGUAGUACAAUAUGGUAAAACGAUGGCGAUGCUUCGUGGUACCAUGACUAGUCAAGAUGGAUCAAUCAUUUAUUGCACGUGUGAACAUCAUAAAGUGCGUGUGCCAACCCGGAAAGAACAUUUAGAGCAUAAGGUAGAAUGGGAUGGCUUGUGGAGUAAGGAUUCGGAUGGGAAAUCGAAAUUAUGAUAUUUGUAGACCUCGCAUAGUGUAGCAUAGCAUUGUCCAAAGGGCACUACGAAUGAUUCAGACAGAUGUAUAAAAGAGCUGUCUUCUCUCUUGGAUCGCCUCGAAGAGAGGAAGCCUCGUUGUUCAAUAGCGCUUUAAAGAAGAGAGUGCAUAGAUGACGCAGGGAAGAUCAUUUCAAGAUCAUGUAGUUCGCGUUUUCUCGAGCGAUAUCUCAAUCUGCCUUAG